AUGCUGCAAAUUAUUCUGCUUCUUCUUCCUGGUGUUCUCAGUAAUCAGUGGAGUGUGAAUUAUCCUCCUCUGAGUCCGAUCUGUGCUGCGAGGGGGUCCGAUGUUUCUAUUGACUGUAGAUUUACAUAUCCACAUGAGCAACAAGUACAGCAAGUGCUGUGGUGUUCAAUGAGAUCAAACAAUGGCUACUGCGUGAAUGAGCCGUAUGUUUAUGAUAGUGAAGCCAACAAUAAUCAAAAGGACUUUCAAUACUUUGGAGACAAAACCUCAAAUUGUUCUCUUUUGAUCAGUAAUAUUGAUCAAACACAUUCUGGAGAGUAUAAAUUCAAAUUUAUAACCCGUGAGAACAAAUGGACAGGUGAUCCUGGAGUGAACAUUUUAGUAGACGAUUUAAGAGUGUCCAUGAGCAGGUCAAGAGAAAAUGGAAGCACAAUGGUUGGAGACUCUUUGAAUUUGACAUGCACACUCAGCUGCUCUGGUAAUUUAGCUGAUGUUCAGUGGUUUAAGAAUGGUGAUCCGAUUCAACAUUCAGAGCCCGUCCUCACCUUCAGCCGAGUAACAGCUGAAGACUCUGGGAAUUACUCUUGUUCUUUGAGAAACUUUAAAACAACUGUAUCUGAAGAAAUUACCAUUAACAUUGAAGAUGUCGCCGGGUCCCCAACCGUUCUGAUUAUUGUGGUGUUUUUAGUCUCUCUUGUUUUCAUCACUGCAGCUGUGAUGCUUAUAAGAAGAAGGAAAGCAAGAACGCAAGAAAAACCAGUGGAAGAAAGAGAAGAAGCCAAGGGUUCUCUUUACAGCACAACUCAACCUCAAACAACUGCUGACAACCUACCAGGAGCUGAGGAUGUACAGCAGGAAGAUGAAGUGGAAUAUUCAUCUGUCAACAUUAAACCCAAAGAUCUGCUUCAAGUGUCUGCAAACACAGAGCAGGAGAACGAUUCAACCAUCUACAGUGCAGUGAUGAACGGUUAA